AUGUCCAGCCUGAAAGAAAUUUGUGGUGGGCUUCCUCUGCACUCUCUUCCCGAGAACAGAGGCCGAAAGGAUGGAAUUCCCCAUGCUCCGGUGAGGACUCCCAACCUCACAGAGCAUGAAGAAAAGCUGGCUUUGAAGAACUCCCUACGUUAUUUCCCACCCAACUUGCAUCCAGUGCUGGUGCCAGAAUUUGCUGAGGAGCUAAGGCACUAUGGACACAUCUACAUGUACAGGUUCUGUCCCCAAAUUGAGAUGAGAGCUUACCCCAUCCAGGAAUAUCCUUGCCAAACAAUACAGGCUGCUGCCAUAAUGCACAUGAUCAUGAAUAAUCUUGAUCCUGCAGUGGCCCAGUUUCCCCAAGAACUUGUAACUUACGGAGGAAACGGACAAGUCUUCAACAAUUGGGCACAGUUCUGGCUGGUGAUGCACUAUUUAUCUGAGAUGACAGAAGAUCAGACAUUAGUCAUGUACAGUGGACAUCCCUUGGGGCUCUUCCCUAGCCAUCCGAAUGCUCCUCGAUUAGUCAUCACCAAUGGCAUGGUCAUUCCUAACUAUUCCUCCAGAGAUGAAUAUGAGAAACUGUUUGCAAUGGGGGUCACGAUGUAUGGACAGAUGACAGCAGGCAGCUACUGCUACAUUGGACCACAGGGAAUAGUCCAUGGAACUGUGCUAACAGUGCUCAAUGCAGGUCGUCGCUACUUAGGAGUUGAGAACCUGUCUGGGAAAGUGUUUGUUACAUCAGGUCUUGGAGGAAUGAGUGGAGCUCAAGCAAAGGCUGCAGUCAUCGCUGGCUGUGUUGGAAUUAUUGCUGAGGUUGAUGAAGCUGCACUCUUAAAACGUUACCAGCAAGGAUGGCUCAUGGAAAUCACCGACAGUCUGGAUUACUGCAUUGUUCGGCUCAGAAAAGCCAGGAAGGAUAAAAAGGCUCUCAGUAUGGGAUAUCAUGGGAAUGUGGUAGAUCUUUGGGAGAGACUUGUUGAUGAAUUCAAUAAGACCGGAGAUCUGCUAGUUGAUUUGGGAUCUGAUCAAACAUCUUGCCACAAUCCAUUCAAUGGAGGAUACUACCCAGCACAGCUGAACUUUAAAGAAGCUAACCAGCUCAUGGCCAGCAAUGCAGAGGCAUUCAAAGUCCUUGUGCAAGAAAGUCUGAGAAGACAAGUGGCUGCUAUCAACAAACUGUCUGAUCAAGGAAUGUUUUUUUGGGAUUAUGGAAAUGCUUUUCUUCUAGAAGCUCAGAGAGCUGGUGCUGAUGUUGGGAAAGAAGGAGCCAACAAAGGAGAAUUCCGAUAUCCAUCUUAUGUUCAACACAUAAUGGGUGACAUUUUUUCUUUGGGAUUCGGUCCAUUUCGGUGGGUUUGUACCUCGGGCAACCCAGAAGACUUGGCAAUCACCGAUGGUAUUGCCAAAUUAGUACUUGAAGAUGCUGUGCUUCAGGAAGUAAGUGACUCUGUAAAGCAGCAAUACCGUGACAACAUCCGCUGGAUUGAAGAAGCCAGGAGGCACAAUUUGGUUGUAGGUUCCCAAGCCAGAAUUUUGUAUUCUGAUCAGAAUGGCCGUGUAGCUAUUGCAGUAGCUAUUAACCAAGGCAUCGCUGAAGGCAGGAUUAAGGCGCCUGUUGUCCUUAGUCGAGAUCACCAUGACGUAAGUGGGACAGACAGUCCUUACAGAGAGACAUCAAAUAUCUAUGACGGAUCAGCGCUUUGUGCAGAUAUGGCUGUUCAGAAUUUUGUAGGAGAUGCGUUCAGAGGGGCUACCUGGGUUGCCUUACACAACGGCGGUGGUGUUGGCUGGGGAGAAGUGAUAAAUGGAGGAUUUGGCCUGAUUCUAGAUGGCUCCACACAAGCAGAAGAACGUGCUAAGAUGAUGCUGAGCUGGGAUGUUUCCAAUGGAGUUACUAGACGGUGCUGGUCAGGCAACGACAAUGCAUAUGAAACCAUCUGCCAAGCUAUGGAGAAAGACAAAAAACUGAAAGUGACCCUUCCACAUAAGAUGGCGGAUGACAACAUCAUUAAACAAGCCCUGUUAAAAUUACACUAA